UUUCAUUGAUCUCACACAAAAAUACACACGGUCCCAGGCUUCAAAUGGGACCGUGUGCUUUGGUCAGAUUAGACCAAGAUUGAGCAACAAACACUCUAAGUGGGUCUGGCGUGCCACGAAAGAUGCGCAUGCUGAAAAGCACCUCAUACCCACUGUGAAGAAUGAGGGUGGGUCAGUGAUGCUGUGGGGCUGUUUCGCUUCCAAAGGCCCUGGGAACCUUGUUAGGGUGCAUGGCAUCAUGAUUGCUUUGAAAUACCAGGACAUUUUAAAUCCGUUGCCCUCUGCCCGAAAGCUGAAGAUGGGUCUUCACUGGGUCUUUCAGCAUUUUGUUGUGGCUAUGUGUGUGGCAAAAGUGAUUAUGUGUUAUCACAGCUGGUGUGAGUAGCGACUCAAAAAGCUUUUCUUAUAAGUCUCUUAAAAGGAUACAUUGCUAAGGUGUACAUGGUAGCAACAAUUGGCGCACACAAAGGUCACUGUAAGUUUCAUCAGACAUGAAUGUAUGAGAAAAAUCAAACAUGUUGUACAUAUUUUAUCCCAAGAUUAAUGUCUCCACAACGAAAACAUGCUUAUUAUUCGUUUUAUACAGAAUCUUUUCCAUAUACUCAGUGAACUAGAAAUUUGAGUCAGGAGCUCGGUAGACACCGCAGAUAAUUAUGUUUUCACAAUUGGGGAUUAGGAGCUCAUUUGUAAUACAUUCCAGGAGAUUGUCAAUCAUAAUUGCAACACCCCUCCCCCUUAGAUGCCCGAUUCAUUUGUGUCAUGUUAUAUCAAAUUAAAGUCAGAGCCUUUGCUAUCUUUAGUAGAUAAUCCUUAAUGUGUUCAAGAUUCUUGUAGAGACUCCUGCCGUUGAUAAGUUUCAGCUUACCGUCCACAUCCACAAGUUGUUAUGUACGCUGUGUAGUAUUUACAGUUAUCCAGCUAUUGUAGUCAGCUGGUCAAGACUCGUAAUAGCUUUAAUCUUCAUAUCUUGCGUCUUGACCAGGAUCCUGCAAUCCGAACCCAGGUGUUGGCUAUUAUCCCAGCUUUCUUGAGUUGACGUGCUUUUCUUGCAAUUUCGGCAUUUCGGCGAGUCAAGUUGUCAUUCAAAAAAAUCUUCGACUCUUUCAGGUGGUGGCGCUGGUUAAGCAGGGCAGUCUCGGUCUUGUGGUCUGCCAGCUACAUGAGCACCGUCGCCGGGCCUGUCCCCCCAGAUGGGAGCAGAAGGCAGCGACGGAUGUCCAGCGGUUCCAUGAUGAAAAUCUUUUAAAAGGACCAAGCCUUGAAAAGCUUCCUUUACAAGUCUGCGUCCAGAUGUCUUCAUCGCAUUUUUGAGCGGCACUCUGCUGUCCGCCAUCUUGUGUUGGUCAUUCCGGAGUUGCUGCAGAAAACCAAACAAUAGCUCCGGUAGUCUGGAUAUGGAGCUGGUUGCCACACAAGAGGACCCACAGGUAUUCAUUUACAGUACAUACGAUUUACCAUAGACUUCAUAAUUGUAUUGACGAGUCAAUUCGGCCAGCCACUGCGUAACGCCUUCAAGCAGGGGGCCAGGCAUCCCUCAGUCCGCUUCAGUUAUUCGGAGUCGGUCGUAGCGACACAUGCAGCAUUCAACGCCAGAUUUAGGAUAAAAGUACGAAAGCUGUACCGCAUACUAACAGGAAGGAUUGUCUCAGGAGUGAUUUGUUCGAGGAUUCAAGGUAAUUAUUAUACUUCUAGUAUCAUGCAUGCAUUUUGAAACGUGAAAAAAAUCAAUGGGAGAAAUUAGCUGCUACGGCAUUGGCGUCAAAGUUCGCAAUAUUUACGUAAAAUAAAUGCUUACUGCAGUUUUUUUUGCUUUUAACCAAGAAUCGAGACUGUUUUACGUCCAUAUCUAUAAGGAAUUCAGUUCAAUUCCUUUAUUGUCAUUGCAAGCAGAGCAAACAACGAAAUUGGAAAGCUACUCCGUGGGACCAUAAAACACAAGACAAUAAAAUAACACACAACUAAAACAUACCACUGAAUAAAAGACAAGAAUAAAUUAUUGUGCAAAAGGCGCUACAUAGCAGCAUCAUGAAGAAUUAGUGCUGUUCAGUAUUAAGAACGCGGAUGGCCCUGGGAAAAAAAUCUCUGAGUCUAGUUGUACGUGACCUCAGGGAGUUAAGCAUUUAUUUACAAGAAUUUUGUACGUAAAAAGCUCUGUUUACAUCAGGCGGCAGCUAGCUACAUUCACUAACAGACUAGCAUUGUACUUUGACAUAUUUACUAUUCGUAAAAUAAAUGCUAACUGCCCGUUUUUUUUUGUUUUUUUUUAGCUUUUAACGGAGAAUCGAGACUUUUUUAAGUCCAUAUCUAUAAAUACUUCUGGGAUUUAAGCAUUUAUUCAAAAUAAUUAUCACCGGAAAAGCUCUGUUUACAUCAGGCGGCCGCUAGCUACAUUCACUGACAGACUAGCAUUGUACUUUGACAUAUUUACUGUUCGUAAGAUAAAUCCUAACUGCCCGUUUUUUUGUUCUUUUUUUAGCUUUUAACGAACAAUCGAGACUGUUUUAUGUCCAUAUCUAUAAAGACUUUGGGGAUUUAAGCAUUUAUUCACAAGAAUUAUCACUGGAAAAGCUCUGUUUACAUCAGGCGGCCGCUAGCUACAUUCACUAACAGACUAGCAUUGUACUUUGACAUAUUUACUGUACGUAAAAUAAAUGCUAACUGCCCGUUUUUUUUUUUAGCUUUUAACGAAGAAUCGAGACUGUUUUACUGUAUGUCCAUAUCUAUAAAGAAUUCGGGGAUUUAAGCAUUUAUUCACAAGAAUUUUCACCGGAAAAGCUGUUUACAUCAGGCGGCAGCUAGCUACAUUCACUAACAAACUAGCACUGUACUUCACCGUAUUUACUUUACGUAAAAUAAAUGCUGACUGCCCUUUUUUUUUUUUUUUUUUUUAGCUUUCAACGAAGAAUCGAGACUGUUUUAUGUCCAUAUCUAUAAAGACUUCGAGGAUUUAAGCAUUUAUUCACAAGAAUUAUCACCGGAAAAGCUCUGUUUACAUCAGGCGGCCGCUAGCUACAUUCACUAACAGACUAGCAUUGUACUUCGACAUAUUUACGUGGAAUAAAUGCUUACUGCAGUUUUUUUUUUUUAGCUUCUAACUAAGGAUCGAGACUGUUUUACAUCCAUAUCUAUAAGGAAUUCAGGGAUUUGAGCAUUUAUUUACAAGAAUUUUCAACGAAAAAAGCUCUGUUUACAUCAGGCGGCAGCUAGCUACAUUCACUAACAGACUAGCACUGUACUUCGACAUAUUUACUGUACGUAAAUUAAAUGCUAACUGCCCUUUUUUUUUUUUAGCUUUUAACGAAGAAUCAAGACUGUUUUAUGUCCAUAACUAUAAAGACUUUGGGGAUUUAAAGGGGAUGUAGCGGCAAAGGGGGUGUGAGACAUCAAUAGAACUGUUAUGUGCCAAGAUAACAAAUACUGAUAAAGUUAACAAAAAAAUCAAUCACAUUAAUGAGCAAUUAUCGAAAAUAGAUCGAAAAUGACGAACAUUACCGAAAGUGUUCCGGAAAUAGCCGAGGCGGAGCUAGGUGCCAUUGUUUUUUAACGACGAGAGAGUAGCGUUGGGGUUUGUUUGACCAAAACAUCACAACAAUGGUUCAAAACUGCUGUGCUAUGUGGUGUACAAAUAGUUAUUUAUCGGAAUAUAGUAUCCAUGAGUUCCUGAACGCGAAAAAAAAAAGCUGGACUACACAGAAAAUGGGUAAAGUUCGUCUGUGCAAAGAGGGCUAAUUUUCUAGACACAGCCUCCGGCACGCUUUUCUGUGGUGCGCAUUUUCCAACUGAAAGCUUCUCGAACUACGGACAAGUGAAAUUGGAUUUUGCUAAAAAAUUGCUGGUCAAAGGAGAUGCGGUGCCGACCAUACAGGCACAGCCACCUAAAUGUCCCGAGAUAUCAAGAGAGAGGACGAUGACUGGUAAAGGAGGCUAAAGCUAAGCAAAGGAGGGGAGCAGCCAAGUUCGAAAUGGCCAGAGUGAGCACUCUUUUAUAAUAAAAAAAAAAAUGUCACGCAUUGGAUACAGGACUGGACACAUGUAUAAAUUAUCGUUCGUAAAAUAUAUAGAACAAAUCCUCUGAUCCCAUUCAUAUUUGUGUGUUUGGCAGAGCGAAAAGCUAAGAUAGCGCAAUAAAUGAUAAUUAUUCUAUGCAUUCCUUUAUUUUGCAAUCACGGUGUAUCAGCUUCACAAAAAGAAAUGCAAAAGAAAUCAUUGGUGUUUCCCACAUGAUCUGCUGCCGAUGUUUCAUCACUGUCAUUGCUCCCCUCAAUGACCGUUUAAUUACGCUGCAUUGGCGUUCGUUUGGGCUCAAAUUGGUAACCUAAAACACCGAUUAAAGCUUUGUAACUCUCCUCGUCACCAUUAGAUGAACAUUCGUUACGUCCUUCUACGUCGGAUUCGUCGCUGAAACUAGAAACAAAAUUGUCUGCCAUCAUCGCCGCCAUUCAGUAUUAAAGCACUGAGCCUUUUUCUUGUUGAAGAAACAGCCCUCACUGUCAAUUCUGAAUUCUCUUUUAUUGACAACGAGGGGUGUUUCUUCAUGAGGGAAUAUGUGCAGGACGAACACAAUGCAUCAGCAUAAACAGCUCAAAACACCCCUAAUUCUCCCCUCACUAGAAGGAAUUAUAUUGAUGCAGAGAGGCGCUGCCCCCCUAGUGGCCGGUGGCACUCUCUUCACUUGUCGUGACGUCACGCACACAAUCUGCCAGAUCUCGGGCGCCGGUCGUUUUAGCUUGACAAUCGAGCCAAAUUUCUCUCAUUUUCUUGUGUGUAAUUACACGAAGUGGCAUGAUAUGAAUACAAAAGGCAUGCGUUUAUGGAUAAAUGAUGGAAUAUUAAAAUUUUCCCAGGGCACUACAUACCCUUUAAGCAUUUGUUCACAAGAAUUAUCACCGGAAAAGCUCCGUUUAUAUCAGGCAACCGCUAGCUACAUUCACUAAUCGACUAGCAUUGUACUUCGACAUAUUUACUGUACGUAAAUUAAAUGCUAACUGCACGUUUUUUUUUUUUUUUAGCUUUUAACAAAGAAUACUUUUAACAAAGAAGACUUCGGGGAUUUAAGCAUUUAUUCACAAGAAUUAUCACCGGAAAAGCUCUGUUUACAUAAGGCGGCCGCUAGCUACAUUCACUAACAGACUAGCAUUGUACUUCGACAUAUUUACGUGGAAUAAAUGCUUACUGCAGUUUUUUUUUUAGCUUCUAACUAAGGAUCGAGACUGUUUUACAUCCAUAUCUAUAAGGAAUUCAGGGAUUUGAGCAUUUAUUUACAAGAAUUUUCAACGAAAAAAGCUCUGUUUACAUCAGGCGGCAGCUAGCUACAUUCACUAACAGACGAGCAUUGUACUCCGACAUAUUUACUGUACGUAAAUUAAAUGCUAACUGCCCGUUUUUUUGUUUUUGUUUAGCUUUUAACGAAGAAUCGAGACUGUUUUCUGUCCAUAUCUAUAAAGACUUCAAGGAUUUAAGCAUUUAUUCACAAGAAUUAUCACUGGAAAAGUUCCGUUUACAUCAGGCGACCGCUAGCUACAUUCACUAAUCGACUAGCAUUGUACUUCGACAUAUUUACUGUACGUAAAUUAAAUGCUAACUGCCCGUUUAAAAAAAAUUUUUUUUUUUUUAGCUUUUAACAAAGAAUACUUUUAACAAAGAAGACUUCGGGGAUUUAAGCUUUUAUUCACAAAAAUUUUCACCGGAAAAGCUCUGUUUACAUCAUGCGGCCGCUAGCUACAUUCACUCACAGACUAGCAUUGUACUCCGACAUAUUUACUGUACGUAAAUUAAAUGCUAACUGCAUGUUUUCUUGUUUUUGUUUAGCUUUUAACGAAGAAUCGAGACUGUAUUAUGUCCAUUUCUAUAAAGACUUCGGGGAUUUAAGCAUUUAUUCACAAGAAUUAUCACCGGAAAAGCUGUUUACAUCAGGCGGCAGCUAGCUACAUUCACUAACAGACGAGCAUUGUACUCCGACAUAUUUACUGUACGUAAAUUAAAUGCUAACUGCCCGUUUUUUUGUUUUUGUUUAGCUUUUAACGAAGAAUCGAGACUGUUUUCUGUCCAUAUCUAUAAAGACUUCAAGGAUUUAAGCAUUUAUUCACAAGAAUUAUCACUGGAAAAGUUCCGUUUACAUCAGGCGACCGCUAGCUACAUUCACUAAUCGACUAGCAUUGUACUUCGACAUAUUUACUGUACGUAAAUUAAAUGCUAACUGCCCGUUUAAAAAAAAAUUUUUUUUUUUUAGCUUUUAACAAAGAAUACUUUUAACAAAGAAGACUUCGGGGAUUUAAGCUUUUAUUCACAAAAAUUUUCACCGGAAAAGCUCUGUUUACAUCAUGCGGCCGCUAGCUACAUUCACUCACAGACUAGCAUUGUACUCCGACAUAUUUACUGUACGUAAAUUAAAUGCUAACUGCAUGUUUUCUUGUUUUUGUUUAGCUUUUAACGAAGAAUCGAGACUGUAUUAUGUCCAUUUCUAUAAAGACUUCGGGGAUUUAAGCAUUUAUUCACAAGAAUUAUCACCGGAAAAGCUGUUUACAUAAGGCGGCCGCUAGCUACAUUCACUAACAGACUAGCAUUGUACUUCGACAUAUUUACGUGGAAUAAAUGCUUACUGCAGGUUUUUUUUUUAGCUUCUAACUAAGGAUCGAGACUUUUACAUCCAUAUCUAUAAGGAAUUCAGGGAUUUGAGCAUUUAUUUACAUGAAUUUUCAACGAAAAAAGCUGUUUACAUCAGGCGGCAGCUAGCUACAUUCACUAACAGACUAGCACUGUACUUCGACAUUUUUACUGUACGUAAAUUAAAUGCUAACUGCCCUUUUUUUUUUUUUUUUUUUAGCUUUUAACGAAGAAUCGAGACUGUUUUAUGUCCAUAUCUAUAAAGACUUCGGGGAUUUAAGCAUUUAUUCACAAGAAUUAUCACCGGAAAAGCUCUGUUUACAUAAGGCGGCCGCUAGCUACAUUCACUACCAGACUAGCAUUGUACUCCGACAUUUUACUGUACGUAAAAUACAUGCUAACUGCCCAUUUUUUAAAAUUUUUUUUUUAGCUUUUAGCCAAGAAUCGAGACUGUUUUAUGUCCAUAUCUAUAAAGAAUUCUGGGAUCUUAGCAUUUAUUUACAAGAAUUCUCACUGGAAAAGCUAUGUUUACAUCAGGCGGCCGCUAGCUACAUUCACUAACAGACUAGCAUUGUACUUCGACAUAUUUACAUAAAAUAAAUGCUUACUGCAGUUUUUUUGCCUUUAACCAAGAAUCGAGACUGUUUUACGUCGAUUUCUAUAAAGAAUUCAGGGAUUUAAGCAUUUAUUCACAAGAACUUUUAACGAAAAAGCUCUUUGUCUGUGAUUCAACUCGGUCAGCCAACAAUGCAGGCCCCCUAUUUAUCGGCCCAGCGCCCCGUGUCCCAUCAAUACAUUAUGAAGUCUGUCGAUUUACUAAUUAAAUGUUAAUUCUGAGAUCGACGUACUUCUUCGUCACGAGUAUGGCCUUAAAAAUGGUGGCGAGGGGGCUACCAGGGCGGACGUGGAGUACGCCGACAUCAACUUCUCCGCGCUCAAGAGAAACAACACCAGGGAGGCGGCGACUAAUCACCAGGCCACCGAGUACGCAGAGAUCAAGACAAAAGACGAUGGUGACCAAUUGUGCGAGUGUGCCAACGAUAAAGAAGAGCAAAAAAUGGAGGACAGGACACAAUGCGACAAUGAUAAGGAAGAGGAGGCCUUAUAUUCAAACAUGAAUGACGCCAUGUUGUCAUGAGUGAUCACGCUCAUAAUUUUCAACUGUAGUGCAUAGUCCUAAACUUUUGUAGGAUCUUUUGUGUGGUCACUGGUGACAUUUCUCACGUUGCAGCGUGUGACCUGAUACAAAACAUAAAUUCACACAGCAAAUGACCGCGCAAAAAGCUCAGUCUUGGUCUCAUCUGACCAAAGCACACGGUCCCAGGCUUCAACUGAGACCGUGUGCUUUGGUCAGAUGAGACCAAGAUUGAGCUUUUUGGAACCAAACAGUCUAAGUGGGUCUGGCGUGCCACGAAAGAUGCACAUGCUGAAAAGCACCUCAUACCCACUGUGAAGUAUGCGGGUGGGUCAGUGAUGCUGUGGGGCUGUUUCUCUUACAAAGGCCCUGGGAACCUUGUUAGGGUGCAUGGCAUCAUGAAUGCUUUGAAAUACCAGGACAUUUUAAAUAAAAAUCUGUUGCCCUCUGCCCGAAAGCUGAAAAUGGGUCAUCACUGGGUCUUUCAGCAAGACAAUGACCCUAAACAUAUGGCCAAAUCUACACAGAAAUGGUUCACCAGACACAAAAUCAAGCUCCUCCCAUGGCCAUCUCAGUCCCCAGAUCUUGUUUUGUUGGCAAAAGGGGGUUGUACCAAGUAUUAACACCAGGGGUGCUAAUAAUUGUGAGACACAUUAUUUGAUGUCAAAUAAUUAUUUCUUUAUGUGGGAUUUUUUUCCCCACUGAAUACCCUAAUUUUUGGACUAUAAACCGCUACUUUUUUCCCUCAUUUUGAAUCCUGCGGCUUGUAGUCCAGUGUGGCUUAUUUGUUGAUUUAUUUGGGUUAAUAGGUAACAGCGGCAUCAUAAGACUGUCAUAAGAACAUCAUAAUUAUGACAUAUCACUAUCAUGGGCAUUACUGAAUGCUUAUGACAGAUGUCAAUAUGUGUCAUGUGGCAUAUUAUGUCACUAAAUCCAUUUAUGUCCAGCUCAUAUCUUUUACGUCCAUUCAAAAGUGAGAUAAUUUGCUGGAUGACACUAACUGACAUCUGUUAUAGGCAUUCAUUAACGCUUAUGACAGUGUCAUGUAAUAAUUAUGACUGUCUUAUGACAGGAUUAUGGCACCACUAUCCAAGAAAAUGUGACCAAAUACCAUAACUAGCAAUUUAUGAAACAACUGGAACAGUAACUGAAGAAAUAAUUAGCAGAACAUGACUGUUAUUUACAUCUGUAGCGCCGCCAUGCAUGCUAGGAGGAAUGUUGGAUGACAACAGUGUUGAGAGCAAGUGGCAGCAGAGGUUGACUGUCUACCCCAAGGAAGCAGUGAUGGCCAAAUGUAGCUUUUAGUUAGGGUGACCAUAUUUUGAUUUCCAAAAAAGAGGACACUCGGCCCUGCCUCGAGAUUCUUGAAUUUUACUCGAAGAUCACUCAAAGAUGCGUAUAUCUCCCACUUUUUUUUACUCAACAGGCUUUAUUCUUCCUAAAAAAAAAAUAAUCAAACAAUAAAAAAUUUCCAAAUAAGUAUAAUUAUUUAAAAAAUUAUAUAAUGCAGACUCAUGGAAAUGUAGUCCAGUUAAUACACACACACAAUUGGCUAUGUGCCAACUCAACAUUUUUUAAAAUUACGAUCACGACAAUUGUCGUCGACAAAAUGUUAUUCCCACUCAAUUUUUAUUCUCAUACAAUGUUCUAAAUUGUACGCAAACAAUAACUGAAAUAAACUGACAAGCGAUUCAGCCAGCAUGUUUCCAACCGCAGCAGUUCUAAUUCAAAACUACAUUGCCCAUAAUGCCUAGCGCAGCUGAGCUCACUGAUUGCUAUUAGGGAAUACGGGAGCCGAGGCAAAAUCAGACUUUGCUAGUUUACUACCAUCGCCAGCGCAAAGAUGCGACAACAAACGGGAUUUUACAGAUUACACCAGUACAAAUCUCCGACAGAAGUCAACAGUUGCCAUUAUAUACGUAUUUAUCGUAAAAAAAAACCUCAUAAGCAACACAGCUAUUUCGCUAUACUAGCAUUCAACCACUAACAAGACCAAUUACAAGACUCAUACAAUAUACUGCAUCUCUGUGUACACAUAUAACCCUAUGUACAACAGAAGACAGGUGAUCGACAUUAACAGGAGAAACUUACAGAAAGGUGUAUGGAGCCACGUCUUUUAGAACUUCUUAUUGAACUCCUUACUGUAGUCUGAGCUCUCGCCAAACUGUCAGUAGAUGGUGGUAAUUCCCCAUGAAACAAAGGGUGAACUGCCAACAAAAAAGAAGAGGAAGAUCUACUCCUUCUCCCGCUCCUGCUAGUAGGAGCAACGUCAACGCAGGCAAGCGCUGCCCCCUAGCGGCCGGAGGAAUUCUCUUCAAGUUGGUCCCGUAAAAAAAAAAUCAUAAAAACCGGACAUUUUUAUGAAUUUAUAAAACCCGCCCGGACAACGAGGAUACUGCGUGAAAGUAGGACUUGUCCGGGCAAAAGAGGACGUUUGGUCACCCUACUUUUAGUGACUGUAAGGCUUUGCAGCCAAUUGGUUCAAAGCUUAAUGGUGGUUCAUUUGGUCUCAUGACAGUCUUAUGGUGCCAUUGUCAAAUGAAGUGUUACCAGUUAAUAUCUUUUGGUGUAAAUAUCCCAUAAUACAAUGAGGACAACUGCGGCUUAUAGUCCAGUGCGGCUUAUCUAUGAACAAAUGCCGUUUUCAUGUCAAAUAUGGCGGCUUAUAGUCAGGUGCGUCUUAUAGUCCAGAAAUUAUGGUAAAUGCACCUGUAUUGAAGGUUGGAUUUUUCUCUUUUUUUCCAUUAAGGUCCCAUAUUAUUUGAAUUAAAAAUAUAUAUAUAUUAGAAGCUAAAAAACACAUCUUAACCAGGGGUGCCAAUAAUUAUGGAGGGCACUGUUUGUGAAUGAUUGACAUUACAAUGCUACACUUCUUACAGACAUCGCAAAUCAAAAUCUCUUUAUUCUUUCAUUGCAAACUGCAAGUGUGCCUUAUAUUGUGGCUGUACAGUAAAUCCUGUUGAGCUUCUCUUAAGUUCAUUGUUCUCACAAUGCCGCUCGCUAGUGUUUGUCCUUGACACACAUACACACACACUCCUUCCUUUUUGUGAUUUUGACAGUAUGGUUCCUUUAGGACAGGGGUCCCCAAACUACGGCCCGCAGCCACAUUUGGUCCGGCCCCCUGAACAACAACAACAAAAAAAAUGUUUAAAAAAAAAAAAAAAAAAAAAAAAGGUUUUUUUUUUUCCCCCCCAAUAGAGUUAUUUAUGUCCUGGCUUUUUUCUGUGAAGAACUGAGCAAUGGUUAUUUGGUUAUUAUCUAUUUAAUUAAUACAGUAUUAUUAUAUUAUAUUAUAUUACAUGAUAUUAUAUUAUAUUAUAUUUAGGGGUGCACAUAAGUGGUCCGCACAUGCGUACUGGACGUAGACAAACGCGCUGGCCCUCAACGGCUUCCAUACGCUUUUGCGUACCGAUGGCUGACCACUCUAUUUGCGGCGGACACGAGAAAAUAACUUCUCAAAAUGUCGAUGAGGCAGGCCACACUGAGUAAUUACUUCCGUGUUCCCCCACCCCCGUCAAAAGACAGACAGACGACAGAGACGUCACCGGAGCUACCGAAAAAAAGGACUUUUGCUGAAAAGUGGCUACAGGAGGUACCAUGGCUAGAAGCGAAUGAUGCUCGCACGGAAAUGCGGUACAAAAUGUGCCGUGAGAAUCCCAAUGUCGCCGAUUAGAGCAACGCAUUUUAUGUAGGGUCAAAGAAUUUCAGCCAUCCAAACUUUGAAAAGCACGAAAAAAACAGAGAGCAUGUGGCAAUUAAGCAAACUAUCAAUGUCAAACAGGACCUUACUCGCCCUAUGGACAUGUGGCGGAAUAGGGCGGAAUAAAGGUAAUGAACAGCGACAUGCACUGACAAACGUGUUUUUGCUCGCAUUUUACAAAGCUAAACAUGCACGUUCAAUGAGGUCUUAUGAGGAGGACAUCCCACUUUUAAAAAGGCUUGGAGUUAAUGUGGGAGCCGCAUAAUGCCCUUUAUUUUGAAUUGGUGCUUUUAUGUUUAUUUCUUUACAUUUCACUUCAAAGUAAUGGCAAUUUUGUUGUGCCAGUUGAUGUUAAUCAAGCAUUAACUGUUAAUAUAAUUACUCAAAGUUAAUUGGCUCUAAGUAAAGCUUGUCAUAAAUUUAUUGCAUCAGGUGGGUCGGCUCUCAAGCUCAAUGAGGACCAAGUCACAUCUCCAGGUCCUCCUCUGAGAACCUGGGCAAAAAAAUUAUGUGCACCCCUGAUUAUAUGAUAUGAUAUGAUAUAUUAAGGGCAGUCAAAGUUAUCGCGUUAACGGGCGGUAAUUAAUUUUUUUCAUUAAUCACGUUAAAAUAUUUGACGCAAUUAACGCAUAUGCCCCGCUCAAACAGAUUAAAAUGACAGCAGUGUCAUGUCCACUUGUUGUGUUUUUUGUCUCCCUCUGCUGGCGCUUGGGUGCGACUGAUUUUAUGCACCAUGAGCAUUGUGUAAUUCUUGACAUCAACAAUGGUGAGCUACUAGUUAAUUUUUUUGAUUGAAAAUUUUACCAAUUUUAUUAAAACGAAAACAUUAAGAGGGGUUUUAAUAUAAAAUUUCUAUAAUUUGUACUAAAAUCUAUCUUUUAAGAACUACAAGUCUUUCUAUCCAGGGAUUGCUUUGACAGAAUAUUAAUGCUAAUGCCAUCUUGUUGAUUUAUUGUUAUAAUAAACAAAUACAGUACUUAUGUACAGUAUGUUGAAUGCAUAUAUCCGUCUUGUGUCUUAUCUUUCCAUUCCAACAAUAAUUUACAGAAAAAUAAGGCAUAUUUUAGAGAUGUUUGAAUUGCGAUUAAUUACCAUUAAUUUUUAAGCUGUGAUUAACUCGUUUAAAAAUUGUAAUCGUUUGACAGCCCUAAUUAUAUUAUAUUAUAUUAUACUAUAUUAUAUGAUAUCAUUUUUAUUUUAUUUACUUUGGUUCCGUGAAGAAUCCAGAAAGGGUUAUUUGAUUGUGGCUUUCUGAAAAACAAUACAUUUUUACAUUUAGGCACUCCUGCAAUCGUCACACUUUUUCUGUUACAAACUGACCCCGGCCCCUCAUCAGAGAAGAGAAGGGUUAUGUGGCCCUCACAGGAAAAAGUUUGGGGACCCCUGCUUUAGGAGGAUCUUUGUUGACAUAUUUUCACCGCAUGCACAGCUGGUUGUGUGGUAAGAAAUCCCAUAACGGCAGGCGAUGGAGCCAUGAUGAAAUUUUCGAGCGAAAUCUCCAAAAUAUUAACACUUUAAGGUCGGAGGACUGGAGAUUUAGUGACGCCAAAAUCGAAUUUAACAUCCUCUGAUUAUUUUUUUUUUUUCAAGAUGAUUGGCCAAUAUCUUUUGUGAAGCACAAAGCACAAGAUUUUAUUAAAUCUUCUCUAAAUAACACAUACACUGAAGAAAAUAAGUAUUCGAACACCCUGCUAUUUAUCAUGUCCGCCCCAUUAGAAAUCCAGGUGGUGUCUGAAAUUUUCAUCGUAGGUGCAUGUCCACUGCGAAAGACAUAAUCUCAAUAGAAAAAUCCAGAAAUCACAAUGCAUGAUUUUUUAAUAACUUAUUUGUGUGAUACAGCUGCAAAUAAGUAUUUGAGCACCUGUCUAUCAGCUAGAAUUCUGACCCUGAAAGACCUGUUAGUCAACCUAUUAAAGGUCCACCUCCACUCCAUGUAUUAUUUUGAAUCUGAUGCACUUGAAGUUCAGAAGAAGGCAAUAAGGAUUAUCCAUAAAGCCCCUUAUAGAGCUCACACAAAUGAGCUAUACAUCAAAUCUAAGUAGAUUGGGAAUAAACUGUAAUGAUGUAUAUUAUGAGAUUUUUGAAACUUCUUUAAAACAUGUUUUAAUAUUUUUAUUUCAUCACACUGAAAAGCUUAUAAAAUACAAGCACAUAUACAUGACAACAUUUUUAGAGUAAUGAAAAAUCAUGACAAAUGAUUGCAUUAAUACGGUUUCAUAGUUUAUUAGUUACAAUUUUAUUUUCAAAGUGUUGAAGAACUGUGCUUUAAAAAAAAAAAAAAAAUGUGUUCAAAUAUCUACAUAUUUUGAACACUUGUGAAUGCAGAUAUACAGUAUAUAUCAUUUACAACCGUGUUCUGGCAUGUUGAGACAAGUGAUUAAAGUAUAAUAAUGCAUCAUUACAGUCAAAAUAAUCGAUUAACACACCACCAUUACACACACUUUUAUUUUUGUCAAAUAUUUCUAACCAUUCUAUUAGAGUUUGCAGGUGUACCUAAUGGAGUGUCCGAUGACCAACAAGAUUACAGAGUUUGCAGGUGUACCUAAUGGAGUGUCCGAUGACCAACAAGAUUACAGGUAGAUACUGUGUUAAAAUAAUGUCCUCACAUGAUUGCACGUGCACGUUUGUACUUAAACAGAUUACCCAUUAUUGGAUUACAUGUUCCGCUAGUUGGAAGGACACUUGAAACAGGCGAAGACGAGAGGACAACUGAAGUGUAGAGAUUACCCAUUAUUGGAUUACAUGUUCCGCUAGUUGGAAGGACACUUGAAACAGGCGAAGACGAGAGGACAACUGCAGUGUAGCGAGAUGGUGGACGUACUCAAAGGCGUGAACCUGCUGGAAACCCUUAAAGACUCUAUGGAGCAUAAUAAUUUGUCCGAGGUCAAAGACGCGGUGGAAGACCUCCUCAUCAGCAGGCUCAACUUGGCUGUGGCGGGUGAGCGUUCGGUGGAGAAAACCACCUUUAUCAACUCACUUCACGGAAUCCCUGCUGGUGACGAAGGGGUGGUUCCCUCGUCGUCGGUCGCCACUGAGGACUUGAGGUGCUAUCCUAACCCCGCUCACCCCGACUUCCGGAUGUGGGACCUUCCGCCAAUCCCCAUUGUGACUCCAUUCGAUCCCGAUGUCUACAUGGAUGCCGUCAAGUUCCUCCGUUACAAUGUGGUCUUCCUAACAUUCACAAAGACUCCUUCACCUAGCUUGGUGUCAGUGGUGCUGCGGGCCCAUGCACUGCAGAUCCGGACAGUCUACUUGACUCUCUUGGUUUCUGGGAAAAAUCAAGAUCUGGAUUCCAAAAGAAGAGCUAGCAUGGAUGCUCUGACAUCCCAGGGUGUCACACAGGCUAAAGUUUACUUGGUCAACCCGUCUUCACUGGAAACGUUGGACUUCCCUGCCUUGCUGGAAGACCUGGCCAAAGAACUCCCAGAGAUCAGGUGGUACGCCCUCUUGAUGGCCCUGCCCACGCUGACUCCUGCCCUGGUGAUUCAAAAGAAGGAAGCUUUUGGAGCUCUGGUGUGGGCAGCGGCCUCCCUAUCCGGCGGCGUCUCGACCAUCCCGGUGCCAUUCGUGGCCUCGGCAGUGGACUCCAGCGUGGCCGUGCGGGUUCUGUGCAAAGCGCAGGCAUCCCUUUGUCUCGACGACGCGUCCGUGGAGCGUCUGGCCCGCCAGCGAGGCCUGGAACCGGGCCCGCUCAAAGCUCUGCGGGUGUGCCCGCUCUCGGUGGAGGUCACCAAAGCAGAAGUCAAGAGGCGGCUGGCGUCGGUGGCGGAGAAGGACUGGUCCUCGUUCUCUUCAAGGCUGGUACAGAUGGCCGUGCCCAGACACGCUCGCUCGGUCGGACGCUCCUUCACCGCAAUGCUGCAUGCCUUGAACGCCGCUAUCGAUGACAUGGCGUCAGAUGCAGAGAAGAUUUUGAACUUUUGCUCAGAGAGGGCAAAAGACUGUAGGCUUUCUUGUUAGGAUCCAGUUUAGAAUAAAUGUUGAGUAGAAAUAAGUACAGUGCAGAUUUUUUUAAGUUUAAAAAUGACCAUACGGUGUGCCUCAAUUCAUCAUUGAGUAAGUUAUCCACUUGAGCAAAUACACACGAUAUAUACUAAAUAUUAACCACUGGCAUCCAUUGACAGCAUACAACGUCCAUUUGAUUUUGACUUGGAUAGGCUGCCAUUGAGAAAAAAUUGAGAGAAUGCUUGUACAUUUUUUUUCUCUUAUAUAGAUUUAUCUUUGAUUCAUGAAUUUUGAGCAAUGUGAUAUUGUUUUCGACUGAGAAAAACUGAUGUAUCGUAUAAAUGUUAUACAUAAUUUUCAUUAAAAGCAACUAUUUAAAUGGUCUGUAACGGUCCAUUCAAGCCUACAAUUUUAAAGAAAUGUAAUUUGCUGUAGUGCUGCAGCUAGCGAUUAUUUUAGAAGUUGAUUAAUCGAUGAACUAAUUCGAAUAAUUGAGUAAUCGGAUAAGGAACAUUGAAAAUUUAAAUAUCUGAGCUGAGCCUCAAACGGUAUUAAAAAUAAAUAAAUAAUGAUAUAAGUACAACAAAACAACAAUUAGCUAGGUUUCUUAGCAAAAGUCCGCUAGCUUAAAUGCUGUAAAAUGCUAGCUUUAAUUUUUUUUUUUUUUACAAUGUAUUAACAAAUGGUUCAAACUAGUGAUGCACAAUAAUACAUUUUUCAACCGAUACCGAUAACCGAUAAUUUCCUCCUCAUUCCAACCGAUAACCGAUAAUGUCAAGCCGAUAAUUCUAUUAAAAGAUUUAUGUAAAAUUUUAAAGUAUACAAAAGAGAAAAUAUUACUGUGCAAAAAUAGAAUUUAUUGCUCUUUUUUUCUACGUUAAAUAUGAACAAGUAGUCAAUUCCAACA